GGGGGAAAUGUUGUUUCCAUGUUUCUAUUUAUAUUCACUUUAUGAGUAGUUUCUGUUUAUCUUUAGUAAGAUCGACAUACCCUACAGGUGGCGAUGGACCACGAUGGUCAGAGGAAAGCAUUCGGAGGAAUCAUGGAAGAGACACAAAAUCCUGUUAAAAGGCGGAGCCACAGUUGCCCCUACUGUACUUACACGACCGAUGUGUCCACAAAUUUACACAAGCACAUCACUACCCACACUGGGGAAAAAGCAUAUGCCUGCCCAUACUGUCCGUACCGGUCAAAUUCCAAGGAUCAUGUAAAGAGACAUACUUUAACCCACACUGGAGAGAAACCUUUUGCUUGUACAAAGUGCCAUUAUCGCUCCACCCAGAAAAGUCAUAUUAAAAGCCAUAUGUUUACUCAUCACUGAAGUGUAUCAGAUUUAUGGAGCAUUAUUUUUUAUGUAGUAAGGGCAGUUAAUUCUUACAUACCAUGUGUGAUACUGUGGUUAAAUGGUUAUUUUUUAUUGUCUCUUCUUUUGUUAUAAAACUUUGUACUGUUAUAUAUAUUUGUAUAUAAAUAUAUUUACCUUUCUAUGAGCUGUAUUUAUUAUCUAUACUGUGUUAGUUGUGUAUACUUUAGAUGUGAAACUUCAAUAUUAUAUUGUGUGUAGGAACUAAUGUCAUGGUGAAAGUUGGGAUACAAUCCCGGUAUGAUAUUUUCAAUUAAUUUUUUAUACAUAUGCCAUGAUUCUAAAAGGAUGAUAUAUACCUAUCUGAAUAAGAGAUACAAAAAGAGUUUCUUAGAUGAACAUUAUAAAUUAUCAGAAUGAUUCUGAUGAUUUUUUUCCUUGAUUAUCUUUUUUCAUAGGUUUUAUUGUUAUUGCUUGUAAGCAAGCAUGUUGUUGCAUUAUAAUGACUCAUAUCUGUAGAAAAGUAGAUUUAUAUGACAUUGAAAGCAUUGUGUGAAGAAUAUAGAUUCAAACUUUAGUCAGUAUACGCUACUAGGCCGAAUGCUGAAAAAAGAAAGCUGAGGUUCAAGAUUUUAUCUUAAAUUAAUACAUACCUACAUAAUGAUAU